CGGUGGGCGGCGUUGCUGGCGGCCCGUGAGGGCCGGGCGGUGGCUCCGGGUCGGGACCCGGGAUCCUGGAUAGAGCCCUGGUUCCGGCCCCGUGGGCACCGGCCGCUGCCUCCCCUCUGCGCUGCCCUCGCGCGAGCGGAGCCGGCGGUGAGGCCUUGCCGGUGAGACCGCCGGCCCGGUUCCCCUCAGAGCGGCCGUGGCCGGGCCGUUAGGGACGGCUGGUGGCAAUGUCUCCUUGGGCCGGGCUCCUCUCCACCACUGCCAGAGUCAGCCUGCUGCUGCUGCUGGGGUCUGUGCUCUUCUCCUGCUCCAGCCUGGGCCACAGAGUGCCUGAGUUUGCCCUUACAAAAAUAGAAGAGAGCGACAUAAAAGAUGACAGUGGGAAGGAGCCGGGGACAGAGGAUGACGCUGAUCCUGAAGACCUGGAAGUGUUUUACCCCACAGAUCAGUGGCAAACCCUGCCUCCAGGUCAGGCGGUUCCUGCAGGGUCACACGUGCGGCUGAACCUGCAGACAGGAGAGAAAGAAGCCAAGCUCCCGGACAGAGAAAAUGGGGAAAGUGACAGGAGGGAAGAGAGAAGAAGGAAAAGGCUGGGCAAGGUUGAUGUUGAUGCAAAUUCAUUCACAUCUAAGGAGCUCCAACAGGCCUUGGCUAAAAUGAAGGAAAGUGAGAAGGCAGAAAGGAAGGCCCGAGAGGAAGAGGUGAGGAAGAAGUUCCGGCCCAUAGAGCAGCUGAAGGAGGAGUUUGAAAAGCUGAACAUGAAGAUAGAAACAGAUUAUGAAAUUAUGGUUAAAUUAAUCAGCAAAUUCAACAGCUCUGCCUCCACGCUGGAUGAAAAAGUCGCGGCGCUUUAUGAUCUCGAAUAUUAUGUUCACCAGGUGGACAAUGCCAAGGAUUUCCUGUCCAUGGGUGGGCUCCGGCUGGUGAUCGAUGGGCUGAACAGCAGCGAGGCCUCGCUGAAGGAACAUGCUGCCUUUGUCCUGGGAGCUGCCCUGUCCAGCAACCCCAAAGUGCAGAUCGAAGCCAUCGAGGGGGGUGCCCUGCAGAAGCUCCUGGUUAUCCUGGCCACAGAACAGCCCCUGGCUGUCAGGAAGAAGGCUCUCUUUGCUUUGUCCUCCAUGCUGAGGCACUUCCCCUAUGCCCAGCAGCAGUUCCUCAAGCUGGGUGGCCUCCAGGUGCUCAGGAGCCUCUUCCGGCAGAAGGGAAUGGAGCCCCUCCAUGUCCGUGUGGUGACACUGCUCUAUGACCUCAUCAUGGAGAAGAUGCUGCUUGAGGACUCCCAGCACGGAGAGCAGAUGGAGGAGAAAAUCCAGCAGUACCAGCAGGUCAGGCUGGUGCCGGCGGUGGUGGAGCAGGGCUGGUGUGCCCUGGUGCCCAAUCUGUUGGCCAUGCCUGAGCACGACACCCGCGAGAAGGUCCUCAAGCUGGUGGGGGUCCUGGUGGCCUUCUGCAGGGAGCACUACCGGGGGGACCCCGCCCUGGGCACCACCCUCAGCCUCCUGCGCAGCGAGUACGAGGAGCUGGCGGCCGAGGAGCAGAGGGAAGGUGACAAGGAUGGCUACUUCAGGGAGCUCCUGGGCUCUAUAAACACCAUCAUCCAGGAACUGAGGUGAAACUGGGGGUUCUGUCCAAUUCCAGGGAAUUCAGGGUGACAGCAAGUUUGGAUGGCACUGGUGCAGGUACACUUUGGAAUAAAAUGCUGGACUAAAUGAGAUCCCAGCACUGUGUGCCAACAACUUCUUUAUUAAAAUAUAUUGGGCUGUGG